CAGAGGACGGGACGGCAAGAUGAUGGCGAGGAGGACGAGACACGCGGGCAAGGCCCAGAGCAAAGAGCAGCUGAGCCGGGACAUGCGACAGAGCCGACUGGCUCUCUUCAUUCAGCAGUUCGAGAAAGAAGCACAGGAGCGUAUGAACGAGCUCGAAGCCAGAAUGGACAACAUGUUGGCCACAGUGGACAAGGUCUUCAAGGUGGAGCUGAUGAAGAUGCCUCCUUCGCUUCAAAAAACGCGCAUCGGGGAUUUAAUAAGCGAGGAGGAAAUCUCAUCAAGUGAGGUGUCAAUUGCCAUGAGGAAGGAGUCCCUUGAGAUGCAGCAGCCCCUCAGGAGGGCGCACAGUAAAAGAGUAAAAUCAACAGAUUCUUAUCCAGGUCAGUCCAGCCCAGUCCAGAGGUCCUCAGCCAAGACCUCCAAGGCAGGAAAAGGAACGAAAAGGAGCAGAGCAUUAGUCAGUAGUAACAGCGCUGGAAAUCUCAGUGGCUCGGUCACUGCCAAAAGAACUCGGAGCUGCUUGAUCAAAACCAACGACCAGACCGCGAAGGCCAACCUUAAACUCAGGUCUGUCGUCUCUGCUGGUGAUCUGCACUGUUCCAUGGCAGGUUCUGCUUCGCACAUCACUGUUACCACAGCACAGGGACAGACGGUCUGCUUCUCUGAAGAGACGAAGCACGAUAUCAACUUAGACGUGCUGGAUGACGCGGCAUGGUGCCAGAUUCAGAAGCUUACGAGUCUGAUGGACUACCUGUCAAGGCGAGGUCGCCGCCAGCGAUGACCUAAGGAACAGGCUUUCCUCUAAUAUAUUUGAAACUUAUUAAUUAAAUGCAUCUCUAGAAGUUAAGUUUUUAAAAAUUCUAUAAUAAAGCUCAU